CCUGGCAACAACCACACAUGCAGGCGCUUGUUUUGUCACUGAACGUCAACACUAUUUCAACCGUAGGUGCGCCAUAUCAUCUUAUAAACAAGAGGGCGUACUCACAUAAACGGACCACCUCUACCGCCGCGUCUGUAGCUGCGCUUCCGUGUUUACACACCCACAAACCAGGAGGAGGACUAGCUAGCCCUAUGUUUACCGAGCGAGCUCAGAGCGGGGGGUAUAGAAAGUGACACUGUCACACACGGGAGGCUUAUUGUAUGGUCCUAAAUAGAUAAUUUCAGGUUCCACGAUUGCAUUUUACAGCGGCAUGUUCACUCGAAGGGGCCAUGGAGACAUCAAGAAAUCUACACAGAAAGUUCUGGACCCAAAGAAGGAUGUACUGACUCGACUGAAACACCUCCGGUCACUGUUAGACAUCAGCGAGAAGAGUGAGCUGAAGACCUUCUUCGAGAGUAACUGUUCUCAGAUUUAUUUUAUCUUCUAUGAAAAUUUCAUCACACUGGAAAGCAACUUAAAGCAAAAAGGGAACAAAUCUCAAAGGGAAGAGCUGGACUCCAUCCUCUUUAUUUUUGAAAAAAUCCUACAACUUCUGCCAGAGAAAAUCUACAGCCGAUGGCAGUUCCACAGUAUAGGUUCUAUCCUGAAAAAGCUUUUGCACACUGGAAACUCAUUCAAGAUCCGUGGCGAGGGGAUCCGUCUCUUCCUGCUGUGGCUGCAGGCCCUGAGGGACAACUGUGCCGAGGAGCAGCUGCUGGUGUUCGCCUGCCUGGUGCCUGGGUUCCCCGCCGUGCCCUCCACCCGGGGGCCCUGCACCCUGGACACCAUCAUCUACAACCCCUUCUCCAGCCCCCCCGACGCCAAGGUGGUCCCUGAAGAGAUCACCCCGCUGGUCCCCGCCCUGCCUGGGGAGAAGGUGGCCGACGACCAGACCUGCCACGUCCUGCAGACCCUCCUCAAGUUCAUGGUGACCCAGGCUUCCAGCUUGGAAUGGAAGAACAAAGACACCCAAGACACAGGCUUCAGGUUUCUCUUCAGCCUGUUCAAGAAGUACUACCUUCCACACCUCUUCCCCUCCUUCACCAAACUCACCAACCUCUACAAGCCUCUACUGGACCUCCCCCACCACAGACCAAAGCCCCUGUACGUGCCGGUGACGCGGAACAACGAGAGCACCUUCUGCACCCGGGACCAGUACCUGGCGCCCCGCGUGGCCUUCAUCACCUGGCUGGUCACCUUCUUCCUGGAGAAGAAGUACGUCAGCUCCGCGGCCGCCGUGCCCAGCGCCAAGAACGGCACCGAGGUCAUCCCCAAACUCAUCCAGACUGUGACUGCAGGCAGUAGCAGCCAGGAGAAGGAGCGGGAGAGGGACAAGGAGAAGGGGGCAGGGGCCGGUGGAGGUGGAGGGGGGGGGGGAGGAGGUGAGGGGGAGCCCAACGGCCCCGCGGGGGAGCCGGAGAAGAGCCACUCCAACAGCAGCACCCUGUCGGACCGGCGGGCCAGCGACUCCAGCCUGUGCAGCAUCGAGGAGGAGCAGCGCUACGUGUACGAGAUGGUGCACGCCAUCCUGCUCUCCACCCGCGACAACGUCAACUUUGUCAACGAGGUCUUCCACCAGGCGUUCCUACUGCCGUCGUGCGAGGCGUCGGCCACCCGGAAGGUGAUCAAGGUGUACCGGAAGUGGAUCCUGCAGGAGAAGCCCAGCUUCAUGACGGAGCCGGACAAGAUCAGCCAGGAGGACGAGGUGGACGCCGUCCCCCAGCCGCCCCCCGUCAGAGAGACCCCCACCGCCUGUCCACCGGUGGCAGAAGUCCCCGGUCACAAGCGGACGUCCAGCUGGGGGAGAACCUACUCCUUCAGCAGCGCCAUCAGCCGGGGCUCCAUGACGGAGCAGCAGAACCAUGACAUCAAGGCUGGCGUCCAGUCCACCCUGCAGGUGUUUCUGACCAAUUCGUCCAACGUGUUCCUCCUGGAGCCCUGCCAGGACGUGGCCAAGCUGCUGGACAACCAGGUGGAGGUGUGCAAGGGCGUGCUCAGCAUCUACCGCCACAUGAUCAUGGAGCACACCAUGAACACGCAGACAUGGGAGCAGAUGCUGCAGGUGCUGCUGAGGAUUACGGAGGCGGUGAUGAAGAGGCCGCAGGAAGACCAGCGGAAGGACGCCUUCGCAGAGAGCUUAGCAGCCAUACUGUUCAGGACCAUCAUCGUGGCGUGGGUGCGGGCCAACCUGUGCGUGUUCAUCUCGCGGGAGCUGUGGGACGAGCUGCUGGCCGUGCUGUCCUCCCUCACGGCCUGGGACGAGCUGGUGGCCGAGUGGGCGGGCAUCAUGGACUCCCUGACGGCCGUGCUGGCGCGGUCCGUCUACGGCCUGGACAUGGCCGACCUGCCGCUGGACAAGCUGAGCGAGCAGAAGGAGAAGAGGCAGAGAGGGCGAGGGGUGAUCCCGGACUCCCAGAAGGCGGCGGCGGCGGCGGCGGUGGCGCGCUCCUUCUCCCUGAGCUGGAGGAACCAGGGUGACCAGGGGGCUCACGCGGGCCAGGAGCCCAUGAGGAUCCGCUCGGCCACCACGUCCGGAGCCCCCGGCGUGGAGAAGGCCCGCAACAACGUCCGGCAGAAGGCUUCUGACGUGGAGGAGGGCCAGCUGUCGGAGUGCGGGCUGGAGGAGGAGAUGGGAGAUGGCGACAGCCCCCUACCUCGUAGCAGCAGCACCUCUGACAUCACCCAGCAGCUGGCCGACACCUUCCCCGGCCAGAAGAGGGAGCCCUCCCCAACCUCCAUUGGCUCCGACAGCAGGACGUCAGAGUGCAGCAGGAGAGAGAGCAGCGAGCCUCCUGUGAUCCUGAUCCGGAGAAGCAGCAGUCCGGUGGAGCUCGACAGCACUUCCGAAGGACAGACCAAUCACAUACGGCCCCAGCUCCGAGAGAAAAGCGAGAGCAUCAGCAGCGACACGUCCAACGGCUGCCCCGCGGACGCCGAGGCCGCCUGGCAGACGUGGCAGGCCUACGAGGAGGAGGCCGACAACCAGUCCACGCAGUCGGCCCACAUGGACGUCACGGCGGACCCCCAGAACCAGAGGAACCUGCUUCUCAGCCAGGAGGCCCUGGCAGGUUCUGAUUGUCCCCUCCUCGCUCGCCCUGCGCCCCUCUCCCAGCACAACCUUUAUCUCACUCACAACUAUCAUCAUCCCAACCUCCACCACCACCACCACCAUCAGCACCGGAACCAACACCCCAACCCUCCGUCCUCGCCGGCCCUGCUCGUGCACACCGAGUGUUCGCAGUACUGCCACCUGGAGAACUCUCUGAACAGCAGCGAGUGCCUUGCGGACGACGUCAGCAUCAUCGCCGGCGGCAGCCUGACCGGUUGGCACGCCGACUCGGCCUUUGUGCUCUGGCGAAGGAUUCUGGGUAUCAUGGGCGACGUGAACAACAUCCGCUGUCCCAAGAUACACGCCAAGGUCUUCUGCUACCUCUACGAGAUCUGGCACAAGCUGGAUAAGAUCAGGGACAACCUGGGCAUCAGCGUGGACAACCAGUCCUCGCCCCCCCGGCCGCCCUUCAUUCCCCCACUGAGGAUGCUGGCCUCCUGGCUCUUCAGGGCCACCACGUUGCCAGCAGAGUACAAAGCAGGCAAGCUCCAGGCCUACAAGCUCAUCUGUGAGAUGAUGACCAAGCAUCAGGACGUCCUCCCCAACAGCGACUUCCUGGUUCACCUCUACCACGUGAUGCACCGGGGCUUCACCAGCGACGACCAGGACAUCCUCAACACCAUGAUCCGGUCCUGCUCCCCGCGGUUCUUCUUCCUGGGCCUCCCCGGCUUUUCCAUGUUGGUGGGAGACUUCAUCACAGCAGCCGCAAGGGUCCUGAACACUGACUCACCUGAGGCUCCCCGAGCCGAGGCUCAGAUGCUGCUGGGCUCUCUGGUCUGCUUCCCCAACCUCUACCGGGGGAUUCCACUGCUGCAGACCGAGCACGUCGCCGCGGGCCACGAGGACAUCAAGGACUACCUGGUGAACAUCCUGCUGAAGGAGGCCCGCACCGAGCCCUCGGAAGGAGCCAGGUGCAUAGCGGUGUGCAGCCUGGGCCUGUGGGUGUGUGAGGAGCUGAUGCAGAAGAACAUCCACCAUCACGUGAAGGACGCCAUCAACGUGUUGGGGGUGACACUGAAGUUUGGGAACAAGGCAGUGGCCCAGGUUGCGUGUGACGUGUUUCAACUCCUGAUUUCCCACUGGAAACACCUCCAGAGGCUGGAGCCCAGUCUUCCAAAAAAGAUCAUUGAGAUCUUUGUGGCCACAAUAGCCUUUCUGUUGCCGAGCGCGGAGCACUCUGUGGUGGAGGCGGACAAAAAGCUGAUGGUGUCCCUGCUGCUGUGCCUGUUGGACUGGUGCAUGGCCGUGCCCCUGGGCCUGCUGCUGGAGGCCAUCACCAUGCCCGUGCUGGACGACCCUGCCUCCCACAAGGCCCCGCUGCUCGACUACAUCUACAGGGUGCUGCACUGCUGUGUGUCGGGGUCCAACCUGCACACGCAGCAGAGCCACUACCUGCUCAGCCUGUCGGACCUCUCCACCGACUACGAGCCCUUCCUGGUGCUGGGCCAGGUGAAGAGCACCGAGCCGCCGCACGCCCACAACAACACCGCCGACUUCGGCAGCCUGCUCACCGUGGCUGAGGAGAAGAAGCGGCGCAACAUGGAGCUGAUCCCACUGACGGCGCGCAUGGUGAUGACGCACCUGGUCAACCACCUGGGCCACCACCCGCUGAGCGGCGGGCCCGCCCUGCUGCACAGCAUGGUGAGCGAGAACCACGACAACCCCUUCGUGGAGUCGUCGGAGCUCUCCUCGGAGGUCUUCAAGAGCCCCAACCUGCAGCUGUUCGUCUUCAACGACAGCACGCUGGUGUCCUACCUGCAGAUCCCCGCCGAGCCCCCCGCCUCGGCCGGCCGGCCGCCCGCCCCCUCCGCCCAGGUGCGUGUCAUCGUGCGCGACAUCUCGGGCAAGUACUCGUGGGACGGCGCCGUGCUGUACCGCACCGAUGAGGAGGAGGGGGAAGACCCGGCUGACGCGGGGGUCUUCUCCCCUCCGCGGAAAAGGCAGCCGCCCGCCUCGCCCACGAAGGCCCCGCCGGACCCCCUUCGCUGUUCCAUCGUGGACUCUGCCUUGUUCGGCUGCUGCGAGGAGCGGGAGGAGGACGAGGGGGCGGACAUCCUGGACCGGCUCCUCGAGGAGCUGGGCCACACCAGCCCGGAGGUGCUGCCCCACGCGCAGCUCCGGCUCAACCAGCCGGCCCCCUCGCCCUGCGGCAUGAACUUGGAGCAGGAGGCGGCCAUCCUGGAGGCCGUCCUGCAGCAGACGGCGCAGGAGGAGGAGCAGGUGAGGAGGUGGGACGCCGACGUCAGCGUGCGGGCCGCCUGCCAGAAGGAGCCCGUCCACCAGGGGCCCAAAGCGCCCUUCUACUUCUGCCGGCUCCUGCUCAACGACCUGGGCAUGAACUCCUGGGACCGCAGGAAAAGUUUCCAUCUGCUGAAGAAAAACUCCAAGCUCUUGAGGGAGUUGAAGAACUUGGAUUCCAGGCAGUGUCGGGAGACGCACAAGAUCGCUGUUUUCUACAUCGGAGAAGGGCAGGAGGAUAAGUGCUCCAUCUUGUCCAACAGUGCAGGCAGUCGGGCCUAUGAGGACUUUGUAUCCGGACUGGGAUGGGAGGUGGACCUGGCCACCCACUGCGGGUUCAUGGGAGGUCUCCAGAGGAACGGCAGCACCGGCCUCACAGCACCCUACUACGCUACCUCCAACGUGGAAGCCAUCUUCCACGUGUCCACGCGCAUGCCCUCCAACUCGGAGGACUGCCUCACCAAGAAGCUGAGACACCUCGGGAACGACGAGGUGCACAUCGUGUGGUCGGAGCACACCAGGGACUACCGCCGCGGCAUCAUCCCCACCGACUUCGGCGACGUGCUGAUCAUCGUCUACCCCAUGAAGAACCACAUGUUCUUCAUCCAGAUCAUGAAGAAGCCCCAGGUUCCUUUCUUCGGCCCCCUGUUCAACGGCGCCAUUGUGACGGGUGCGCUGCUGCCCAGCGUGCUGCGGGCCACCUGUAUCAACGCCAGCAGGGCUGUCAAGUCCCGGCUCACCCUCUACCAGAGCUUGUAUCCUUCUGCGUCCCGGGGCGGCCCGUCGUGUGGCUCUGGGGCCUCUGGCUGGAGCGCGCUGGGGGGAUGGAGGGAUCCUGUGGGUGUUGUUCGGACCCUCUGCCACCCUAGCUCAGUGACUCGGUGGCAAAUGUCCAUGUGGCUAUCCAGAUUUCACGCUGUUCCUGCAUUGCUUUUUAGCAUCUUCAUUUCAGGUUCAGAAAUCUCCCAUUAUUACAAGUAAAGUAAAAACGUCUAUUGUUUAAAAAGUUAGAAGGCUGAUAUUUUAUAUAUAUUUAUAUCUAUAAAUAUACAUAAAUAUACAUUUGGCUUUCCGGUUGGACACUGUCACACACGUUGUGGUGCGACCAAUCUCUGGACAUGUGGCCGGCGUAUCAUGUAGGCCAGGGUGCACGGCUGAAUGCUGACACUGAUUAUUACGGGCUGGCUCAUUUACAUACAGCUAUCGGAGCAAGCCUGGAGUAACAUGCACUGGGC